AUGAACGUUCUGAGUGCCAAUCAAUACGUACACAUCCUCGACAAUGACUCUGGUGUGGUCCGUAUCGAGAUCGGACCCAAGAGAAUUGCCCUGAGAGCCAAUGAAGAGAUUAUUAAAACCAGUGAUUUGGCUAUCAUUAAGGAGGGACAAUAUUGCGUGAUCAAGAAUCCCUAUGAUUAUGAGCAUGAGAGAAAUUUGAUGGGAGAACGAAAGAUUGUUUGUGGACCCAUCGCUUUGGCUCUUCAUCGUAACGAAUAUAUUGAACGAAUUUCAGAUGUUCAUAUUUUGAAAUGUAAUCAAGCCUUACGUUUGAGAUCAUUGGUAGAGAAGAAGGUCCUCGUGGAUGGCAAAGAGAAGGAUUUAAAGGCUGGAGAUGUCUAUCAAAUUCCAGGUCCAUGUCGUUAUGUACCCGAUAAGGACACAGAGGUCUUGAAGACAGUCAAUUCCAUAUUGAUCAAUGAGAAUGAAGGAAUUUAUGUAAUCGAUACGGACACUUCAGAGAAGAGUCUCGUGAAGGGACCAAGAAGUUACAUGUUGAAAGCUACCGAGGAGUUGUUCUACAAGCAAUACACGGAGAUGGAGAGAGCUGCUCUUGGCUUGAGUGAUGCUGCUACCUAUGAGGCCACUGUAAUUCGUUUGGAAAAGAAGCAAGUGGUUUGUGUGUUGGAUGCUGAGAGAAAUGAAAAUGUCAUCAAUGGACCUUGUUCCUAUAUUCUUUCACCUGAGGAACAUGUCAAGUGUCUCCAUCUCUCUGCAGGCAAACCAAAGAGAGUGAAGCAAAUUAAGGCAGCCAAGAUUAUGAAAGGUCCUGAUUUCACAAGUGACUCGUUUAGAGUGAGCACCAGAGACAACGCAGAGCUGCAAGUCUUACUCACUUAUAAGUGGGAAUUCUUAGUCGAUGACUCUGAAUCUCAUGUAAUGUUCCGUAUGACCGAUUUCAUUGGAUAUGUGUGUGCCACAUUGAACAGUCGUGUUCGUGAGUUGGCAGCUCUAUUCACAUUUGAAGAAUUCCACUCAGGAACUGUCUCUCUCAUUAGAAAACAUCUCUUCCGUGAGUCUGUUGUAAAAAUUGGCCAUGAAGAACGAAAGGUUUUAGGAAUUUACUUUGACGAAAUCAAGUUGUUGAUCUCAGAGAUAGACGUUAAGGAAGUAAGCCCUGUUAACAAUCAGAUCAACGACUUGCUCAAUCAAUCUAUCAAAUCCAACAUGAAAAUUGUCUGCAACAAGAUGGAAACUGAGGCAUCGAGAGAAGCUCAAAAAGAACAACUAAAGGCUCAAGCAGAAAUUCAAAAAUUGCGAGAAGAAUUGAUUGACAUUGAAAAUGAAAAUCAAUCGAUAGAAAAACUCGAAAAUGCAAGAAUUGAUUCUCUCGUUAUUGCAGAACAAACCAAGACCAACAUUGAAAUUCAAGAGUAUAAAUGUGGAGGAGAUGGUGCCAUCGAGCUUGAGCACAUGAAAAACAUGAUUGAACUUCUCGCUUCUGAACAAGGUCAAAAGUAUUUGGCACUCAAGAGAGCAGAAUUAGCCAAUAGCAUUCCAGAACAAAUGUGGUAUCUCAACAAUGAAAAAUUGCACUCAUCAUUAUUCCAAUAA